UAUGUAACUCUUUUACUCUCAAAAGAUCUGUGGAGUAGCUUUCUUUUACAUUUGAUUCCCUUUCGUAAAUUUUCUUUUUUCGAAAUCCAACAGGAGUCCAUCAUAUUUAUACCUUAUCUCCCUUAAUAGCGACGCUCCAUUACUUCUAUAUCUUGAUGAAAUCGUUCUCCUUGUUCCUCACUAUAAUCUCCUAAAUUCAUUGGAAGACAAUCGAGAUCGAUAAGAAUUUAAAAAGUGCAGCUUCAGAUUAAUCAAAUAAUAUCAUAAUUUUUCAAAGCUUUCUACCAUAUUUGCUACUAUUUGUUCGUAGUCAUCACUUUUAUUAUUCCCAAAGAAGUUCUCCACAACUUUCUUAAAACUAAUCCACACAGCCUUUUUAUUCAUUGACUUGAUGAAAUUCUCAUCCUUUAACAUUUUUCAAAUUUGUUCAAAAUGACUAUCAAAAAUGGCUUCUUUCAGUUUUGCGUCAGAUAUUUCUGGAAAUUGUUUUUCUAAGUACUUAAAGCAUUUUCCUUCUCCUUUGAGAGCCUUUACGAAACUUACUGCUUCAUUAGACCAAGUUUUAUAUGAGGAGAUGGGAGCAAUACUUUCUUCGGAUCAACCAAAAGGACAUCCUGUUUUGUGCGUAUGCAAGUCCGCUUCUUCCUCUCGUGGCGGAGUAUUCAUGAUCGGGAGACGAAGGAAUGUAGAUUUUCUUGUUGCCAACUUGAUGCUACAGUGCAUUUCAAGUCUUCUUCUUAACAAGGAAAGGUGUAAUCUACGAACGCAGCCUUUUCAAACAAGAAUUAUGUUAUACAUCGACCAGUAUGAAGAUGCUCAACAAACUAUUCAUAAGACGUAAUACAAAUAAAAGAAUGUAAUCUUUACUAUACAUUAUAAUGUAUAGUAUAAAAUUUGUAGUAUAAAAUAAUCGAUAAUGACAAAAUAAAGUUUGAGUAGUUAAAUAAUUU